GCUACAAGAAGGGCGAGUGCGGGAGGAUUUCCUCAUUCUUUGUGCGUAGAAGUUGGUGGAAAUGACUGGACGAGGGAAAACCGGCGGCAAAGCCAAGGCUAAGCCUAGGUCACGCUCGUCCCGGGCCGGACUGCAGUUCCCGGUGGGUCGUGUUCAUCGGCUCCUGAGAAAGGGCAACUAUGGUGAGCGGGUGGGUGCAGGAGCCCCUGUCUAUCUGGCUGCUGUGCUCGAGUAUCUGACGGCUGAAAUCCUCGAGCUGGCCGGCAACGCGGCCCGGGACAACAAGAAGAGCCGCAUCAUCCCCAGACACCUGCAACUGGCCGUCCGCAACGACGAGGAGCUCAACAAGCUACUGGGAGGGGUGACCAUCGCUCAAGGCGGGGUGCUGCCCAAUAUCCAGGCCGUGCUGUUGCCCAAGAAAACCAGCGCAGCCUCUGGCACCAAGAGCAAGUAGUUCAGCGAAACCUCAAUCUAACGACCCAAAGGCUCUUUUCAGAGCCACCUA